AUGAGUGUCAGCCAUCUACGAUGUCACACUACCGAUCCAAGUGAUGAGAUCACACCCCACAGUUCACAAUCGAACUCGUCCGCUUUCACACAAAUUCGGCAAGGGACGGCUACGCCGACCACGUCAACGGCCACCACGCCUCGUUGCGAAGGCUCUGAGCAUUCCAGUGCCACCGUACUCGAAAUGGACACAAACAGGUUAUCACAAGUGGACGAGUCGCACAAUAACACUACCGAAGGCAGCACGUUAAGCAUAACGAAUGCCGAACUCAGCAAAUGUCUUCGGGAAGGCACUGACUGGCCUCUAGAUGAGGCCAGCACAAGUUCAGCACCCGCGACUAUCAACAGAGCGAUGCUACAGGCGAUGAAAAACCAAAAGGCGAACGGAUGCAAACCACGAAACAUCAUGGAAAAUUACGCGCCGGUCCUUUGCUACGACGAAACAGCCGUGACGGUUAUCGGAUACGUCGACGGAAUCCCAGCGGAGAUGUACGGAAGUCCACAGAAUAAUAAAGAUGAAAAAACCCCAUAUGCAAUGAAAAACGUUCAGCUUCGA